UUCCAACUCUCCAACAACUCUCUUACGUUUUUAUUCUUGUACCCUCAGAUUUUGUUGAGAUUUCGCUAAAAGAUACUGUAAAUUUUCUGUCACAGACUUCUCUUCUGCGGACAAACUUUUUUUUUAAUUGUCGUCUGAAUCUGUGACACACACCGACGCCGUUAACCGUCGUCUCUCUUUCUCGCUCUCUGGGCGUAGAUCUGAGUUUGUCAAAUUGUUUUCGGAUCGUUAUCCUCCAAAUCUGAAGAACUCCGUCGUUCUGCUCAAAUCGGAUUGUUGAGGAGAGUUUAGGAUUUGAUCUCCCCAUCUGGUAAUCAAAGCAGCAUGGUUGCUCCUGUGCCUCCAGGGGCACCUAGACCCAACAACCAGCAUAAUCCCGGCCCACCAAGUUUCUUCCCGGGCUCACAAGGCAACUCCAAUGCUCUAGCUGACAAUAUGCAGAACUUGAGCAUGAAUCGACCACCUCCUCCGUUUGGUCAGUCACCACAACCUUUCCCUCAGCAAUCCCCUUCUUAUGGAGCUCCGCAACGUGGGCCUUCACCGGUGUCCCGGCCUGGACCUCCUGCUGGGAUGGGGAGACCAGGUGGUCCCCCUCCGGUAUCACAACCAGCUGGGUUUCCCUUGAACAGACCCACCGGUCCACCUUCUAGUCAGCCACCCUUUGGCUCUAGACCUUCAAUGCCCGGAGGACCAGUGCCGCAGCCUGCAGCCUCUUCUAGUGGUUUUCCAGCUUUUGGUCCUCCAUCAGGUAGUGUACCUGCAGGUCCUCCUCCAGGAGCACGCCCUAUGGGAUAUGGCUCACCUCCGCCUCCUGGAUCUGGCAUGCCUGGUGGUCCAGUCAGUAACGGGCAUCAAAUGGUCGGCUCUGGGGGAUUUCCGAGGGGAUCCCAGUUCCCUGGUGCUGCUGUUUCGGCUCAACAGGCACUGUAUGCACAGCCUCCUGCAGCACCUUUCGCUCGGGCGCCUCCACAGCCACUUGGUGCACAUUCUCUCCCGUCUACUCCUCCUUUAAUGUCCCCACCAGCAACCUUUCCUGGUGCCCCUCAUGGUAGGCCAGCGGUAUCAGGCUUGCCUUACGGUCCACCAUCUGCGCAGGUCCCUCCACCUCUAGGCUUUCCUGGCUCAAUGCAACCACCAAGAUAUGGCAUGCGUCCUUUGCCAAACCAGUCGAUGACCACCAUACCCUCUGCCAUGGGUCAACCUGGUGCCUCUGUUCCUGGGCCCUCAAGGAUUGAUCCUAAUCAGAUCCCAAGGCCAGGCUCAAGCUCCAGCCCAAUUGUGUUUGAAACUCGCCAUAGUAAUCAGGCUAAUCCUCCCCCGCCUGCUACUAGUGAUUAUAUAGUUCGAGACACCGGGAAUUGUAGUCCGCGUUACAUGAGGUGCACGAUCAAUCAGAUUCCAUGUACAGUUGAUCUUCUAUCUACAUCUGGAAUGCAACUGGCGUUGAUGGUCCAACCGCUGGCGCUUUCUCAUCCAUCUGAAGAGCCUAUACAAGUUGUGGACUUUGGUGAGGGUGGACCUGUUCGAUGUUCACGCUGUAAGGGCUACAUAAAUCCUUUCAUGAAGUUCAUUGACCAAGGAAGGAAGUUCGUCUGUAAUUUCUGUGGAUACACUGAUGAGACUCCCCGUGACUAUCACUGUAAUCUGGGUCCAGAUGGUAGACGUAGGGAUGCUGAUGAAAGACCUGAGCUGUGUAGGGGAACCGUCGAGUUUGUUGCUACGAAAGAAUACAUGGUGCGGGAUCCAAUGCCAGCAGUAUAUUUUUUCCUCAUUGAUGUCUCAAUGAAUGCGAUACAAACAGGUGCUACUGCCGCUGCUUGCAAUGCAAUUCAGCAAGUCCUUUCAGACCUUCCUGAAGGUCCUAGGACGUUUGUUGGAAUUGCUACUUUCGACUCUACAAUCCACUUUUAUAAUUUGAAACGUGCACUGCAGCAGCCAUUGAUGCUCAUUGUCCCUGAUGUGCAAGAUGUUUACACACCUUUAGAAACAGAUGUCGUUGUUCAACUAUCUGAGUGCCGUCAACACCUUGAGCUUUUGCUGGAUAGUAUCCCAACGAUGUUUCAGGAAAGUAAGACUCCUGAAUCUGCUUUUGGUGCGGCAGUUCAGGCUGCUUUCUUGGCGAUGAAGAGCAAAGGAGGGAAGCUUAUGGUGUUUCAAUCAGUUUUGUGUUCUGUUGGUAUUGGAGCACUUUCUUCUAGAGAGGCCGAAGGGAGAGCUAAUACGUCUGCUGGUGAAAAGGAGGCUCAUAAGUUACUACAACCAGCAGACAAAACUCUGAGGACCAUGGCGAUUGAAUUUGCUGAAUACCAGGUCUGUGUAGAUAUAUUUAUCACAAGUCAGGCUUAUGUAGACAUGGCUUCAAUAUCCGUCAUUCCAAGAACUACUGGAGGACAGGUGUAUUGUUAUUACCCUUUCUCAGCUCUCUCAGAUCCCCCCAAGCUGUACAACGAUCUUAAAUGGAAUAUAACUAGGCCGCAGGGUUUUGAGGCUGUCAUGCGAGUCAGAUGCAGCCAGGGUAUUCAAGUGCAAGAAUACUCGGGGAAUUUCUGCAAACGCAUUCCAACCGACAUUGAUCUUCCAGCGUGCGCCCUUCUGUAUACUACCAUAUAUGGAGAAAGACGAAUUAGGGUUACCACAUUAUCACUCCCCUGUACGAACAUGCUCAGUAAUUUGUUUCGCGCAGCUGACUUGGAUUCUCAAUUUGCUUGUAUGCUGAAACAAGCGGCUAAUGAAAUCCCUUCAAAGGCAAUUCCUUUGGUAAAGGAGCAAGCAACAAAUGGUUGCACAAAUGCACUCUAUGCCUAUCGUAAAUUUUGUGCUACAGUUACAUCUUCUGGACAACUUAUUCUUCCCGAAGCGCUCAAGCUUUUGCCAUUAUAUACUCUCGCAUUGACCAAAAGUGUGGGUUUAAGGACGGAUGGGAGAAUUGAUGGUCGAUCAUUCUGGAUCAACUAUGUAUCUUCCCUUUCUACUCCUUUAGCAGUCCCACUGGUGUAUCCUCGGAUGAUUUCUAUUCACGACCUUGAGGAAAAGGACAUUGAAGGAUCGGUCCUUCCUCCUCCAAUCCCAUUGUCAAGUGAACACAUAAGCAAUGAAGGAGUCUAUUUCCUUGAGAAUGGUGAAGAUGGUCUACUAUAUGUUGGAGAAUCAGUGGAUUCUGAUAUUCUGCAGAAACUUUUUGCUGUUCCUUCAGCUGCGGAAAUUCCUAACCAGUAUGUACUGCAGCAGUAUGAUAAUCAGCUAUCAAAGAAGUUCAAUGAUGUGGUGAAUGAAAUAAGGAGGCAAAGAUGUUCUUACCUAAGCAUAAAAUUGUGCAAGAAGGGAGAUCAAUCUGGAAUGCUGUUUCUGUCAUAUAUGGUAGAGGACAGAACAGCAAGCGGGCCAUCGUAUGUGGAGUUUCUUGUUCAAGUCCAUCGCCAAAUCCAGCUCAAAAUGAACUGAUCCUCUGUUUUAUAGGGCUCUUCACAAAAGUCUCUGUUAAUUUCCUCUGCGUCGUGUUGAGAAUUUACAGUAGAAAAGCGUAUAGCAGAAAGGAAAAGAACAUUGUUUAAUGGCUGCUUGAGAAGUUUUCUUCUUAUUGAAAGAGAAGAGAGGCAUCAUGGCCUCCUUCUACAUGAGAAGUUAUCACUUCAUUUUGAAGGUGUACUUAGAUAAUAGUCUCUGUUUUUUUUUUUUUUCCUUUUAUAAAAGAAUUACACAAAAGAGUUUUUCUUCUAAUCCAGUUUGUAUGGUUACUUUUUGUGUGUUAUUUAUGCUCAAACUAUUACUUUCUUUUCGGAUGAAGUUUUUUGUUAUCGGAUGUUGUCCAAGGGACGAAACAAACUUUAAUAUAUACAGUGCAGUCGAAAUAUGAAAAUAAUUUGUUUUCCUGUAUCA